AUGGCUAGUUCGAGCUAUGAAAUGGUAGAUUAUUACUGGAAUAUGAUUCCCCCGGGUUUUCGCUUUGACCCAAAAGAUGAAGAAUUGAUUACUCAUUACCUAGUUCCCAAGAUUAAUGGCGAAGCUUUGCCACCAAACAAGAUGCAUGACGCUGAAUUGUACGGUGAGCGCGCUCCUCAAGAUCUUAUACCGUAUUAUGAACCUGAAAGUGAGAACACUUGGUAUUUCUUCACAAGAUUAGAAAGAUUAUACGAAAACGGAAGUCGACCUAGAAGAUCCGCUGGCAAUGGUUAUUGGAAGAUGACGGGGAAGGAGAUACCAAUCACGAAUAAACAAGGGAAUGUUAUUGGUUUUAGGAGGAAUUUUGCAUUCUUUAUUAAAAUCGAACCGAGCCUUCCUAAACAAAAAGACGAGCCCAAGGGAAUUAAAACACCAUGGCUCAUGCACGAAUUUAGGGUUAAUAAUGUUCCUUCAACCUCCGAGCCUAAAUCGAAAAGACGUAAAACAAAUUAUCAUGAUGGUACUUCACCAUCCCAAGGCUCCAAACCAAAAAAUAUGUUGGAUGGUUGGGUGUUAUGCAAAGUUUAUAGACUUGUUAGAGAUGUCGAGGUUGAAGCUCUUAACCCGGCUCAUCAAGAAGAGGAGCAACAUCAAGCUAUUGAACAACCUGUUGCCCUAAAUAAUGAAGCUAAUAAUGAUUUACUACAAAGAGAUGUCGUCAGCAUGGUUGAAGAGCAAGGGGUUGAACAACAUGUUGUUGCCCUAAAUAAUGGAGCUAAUGAUGACUUAAUUAUUCCAAAGAUCGAGGUCGAGUAUAGUUUUGAACAUUUACAUCACAAUCAAGAGGAUAAUUUGCAAUAUUUACAAAGAGAUGUCACGGUUGUUGAAGCUCCAAACUCGGCUCAUCAACAUCUUCAGUAUUAUCAUCAAGGGGUUGAACAACCUGCUGCCCUAAAUGAUUUACUUGACUAUACUUUUCAACAUCAACAACACAAUCAAGAUAUGCCGCAAUUCUCACAAGAGGACUCGGAGUUUUUAUACAACAUUUUUCCACGUUGUGAUUGA